AUGGCCCCGCUGUUGCUUCUGGUCGCCCUCCUGCUGUCCCUGGGCGGCUCAGGCCACUUCGCCCAGCCCUGGCUGCGGUACUGGGGGGCAGCCGCCUUGCGGCACCUGCAGGCAACUCAGUGUGCCCCGCGGGGCGGCCCCCAGCCUGAGUGUCCCCCACUCGGCGCCUGCCUGUCCCUGCCACAAGGCACGGGCGCUGCUCCCCCGCGGCGCGAACCGCAGCAGCCCCAGGGUGCUGAUGAGCUGAGGCUGGUGAAUGGAGGCAGCCCCUGUGCCGGGAGAGUGGAGAUUAAACACCUGGAUCAGUGGGGGACGGUGUGUGAUACCAACUGGGACAUGGAAGAUGCUGAGGUGGUUUGUAAGCAGCUGGGAUGUGGAUCUGCUGUCAGUGCCCCUGCCUGGGCUCAUUUUGGAGAAGGAUCUGGACCGACUUGGCUGACUGAAGUUGAUUGUGGUGGUGAUGAGUCAGCUCUCUGGGACUGCAGACAUGAAGGAUGGGGUGCACUCCCCUGCUCUCAUUCUAUUGACACUGGAGUGAUCUGCUCAGGACACAUUGAGCUCCAGCUGGAUGGAGGGGACAAUGCCUGCUCAGGACGUGUGAAAGUAAGACGUGGAGACACCUGGGCUACAAUCUGUGAUGCACACUUUGAUCUCAAAGCUGCCAGUGUUAUCUGUAAUGGACUACAGUGUGGAACAGCUCUAUCUAUCCCAGGAGGAGCUCACUUCGGAGAAGGACAUGGACCAAUCUGGCCUGAGGAAUUCCAUUGUGUAGGGAAUGAGUCACACCAUGUGUACUGUCCCAGGAAAUCACAUGGGAGUCAGACUUGCUCACAUGCAAAUGAUGCCAGUGCCAUAUGCUCACGAUUCCGGCUGGUGAACGGCAGCACAGCGUGCUCAGGGAGGGUGGAGAUCCAGGUUCUUGGUGCCUGGGGAACCCUCUGUGACUCACGCUGGGAUUUACCAGAUGCCAACGUUCUCUGUCAUCAGCUCGACUGCGGAUUCGCUGAAUCAGUCCCAGGAGAAGCGUAUUUUGGGAAAGGAACCGGCUCUGUCUGGACAGACACAUAUCACUGCAAAGGGACUGAACCCCAUUUGAGCCAUUGCCCUGUUACUGCCCUGGGGGCCUCUCAGUGCUCACACGACAAUGAUGCCAGUGUGAUUUGCUCAGGUCGUUCUGAAUCACUCAGACUGCUGAAUGGAGAGAGCCGGUGUGAUGGGAGAGUAGAGAUUUCCCUCCGUGGUGUGUGGAGCAGAGUGCUGGAUGACCAGUGGGACAUGAAUGAUGCCAGCGUGGUGUGCAGGGAGCUCCAGUGCGGAGUCGCGGAGAAAGCUUUUAACCCCCCUAAGUCUGAGCAAGGAACAGGCCCCGUGGGGCUGAGAAGGGUCCAGUGUGCAGGAAAUGAGACUCGUCUGACUCUCUGUGACAACUCCAUGUCUGAGUCAGCCCAGGCAGGAAUCGCUGCAGAUGUCGGUGUCGUUUGUUCAGGGAGCAGGCAGAUCAGACUUGUGAAUGGGACAGGUCGCUGUGCUGGGAGAGUGGAGAUUUAUUACAGCGGCAGCUGGGGGACAGUCUGUGAUGAUUUCUGGGACCUACCGGACUCCAGUGUCGUCUGCAAACAACUGGGAUGUGGACAUGCCAUCAAUGCAACUGUCUCUGCUCAUUAUGGGCAAGGAUUCGGGCAGAUCUGGCUGGAUGAUGUGAACUGCUCGGGGAAUGAAUUCGAUCUCUGGGCAUGUCCUUUCAGGGGCUGGGGCCAGCACAACUGCAGACACAAAGAGGACGCGGGAGUUCUCUGCUCAGGUCUGUUUUGUGAAUGCUCUCGUGAGCUGUGUUAUUAG